AUGAGUAACGGUCCCCAUUCCAUCGAACCGGACGAAAACUCCGAUCCUUUCCAAAUCCGUGUGGCUUCGCGUGUCGAUCGCCUACCACCUUAUUUGUUCGCCCGAAUCAACGCGCUGAAGAUGCGUAAGCGUCGCGCUGGCGACGAUGUGAUUGACUUGGGAAUGGGAAACCCGUCCGACCCACCGGCCGAUGCCGUGAUCGACAAGCUGUGCGAAGCUGCUCGCGACCCGCGGAGUCACGGCUAUACCGAGUCGCAGGGUCUCAAGAAUCUCCGCCGUGAGGUGACCUCGAAGUACCUCAAACGCUACGGCUGCCGGCUCGAUCCAGAGUCGGAAGUGAUCGUCUGCCUCGGUUCGAAAGAGGGCUUCAGUCACAUGUGCCUGGCUCUGCUUGGGCCCGGCGAUUCGGCGAUUGUGCCGGCUCCCUCGUACCCCGCUCACCUGUACGGCGUGGCACUAUCAGCGGCGAAUGCAAUCUCGCUGGAGGUGAUGGACACCGAGAAGUUCCUCUCGAACAUCGCCUACACCUGUCAGCAUCUUUAUCCACGCCCCAAAGUGCUGAUCAUCAACUACCCUCAUAAUCCCUCGGCCGUUACGGUCGAGCCCGACUUCUAUGUCGAGGUGGUGAAGCUGGCCAAGCGGUAUGGAUUCAUGGUGAUUAGCGACUUGGCCUACUGCGAUGUGGCGUUCGACGGUUACAAACCGCCAAGCUUCCUGGCCACGCCCGGGGCGCUUGAGGUCGGGGUCGAGUUCACCACGAUGAGCAAGGGCUACAACAUGGCCGGCUGGCGGGUCGGCUUUUGUGCCGGCAACGCCGAGAUGAUCAAAGCCCUGGCCACGAUCAAAGGCUACUACGACUACGGCAUGUUCCGCCCAAUUCAAAUCGCCGCCAUUGUCGCCCUCCGCGACACGGAUGCCGCGGUCGAAGCCCAAUCGGCGUUGUAUCAGCAGCGGCGCGAUGUUCUGUGUGACGGCCUCACCCGUCUCGGCUGGGACAUCACCCGACCUCGCGCCGGCAUGUUCGUAUGGGCCAAGAUCCCCGAGGUUUGGCAGGCCCAGAUGAAUUCGUUGGACUUUGCCAUGAAGCUGCUGCAAGAAGGCGAUGUGGCCGCGGCCCCCGGCGGCGGAUUCGGCCCAGCGGGCGAAGGCUAUCUCCGGCUGGCUUUGGUCGAAAACGAAAACCGCCUGCGACAAGCAGUUCGGCAGAUCGGGCGAUGUCUAGGGGAACGCGCGAAAACUCUUUCGCAGCCAGCCGUUAGCGACCAGCCGAGUGGUUUUCAGCCUGGGCCAUCUGCCGUGAACGAAGAGCAGUUUCAGUUACAUGCCGAAAUCGAAGACCGCCACUGGUGGUUCGUGGCCCGUCGGCAGAUUCUGCGGCGGCUGGUUGAGCAGAUCGUUCCCCCUUCGCCUAAGGCCACACUGAUCGAUGUCGGCUGCGGAACGGGAGGCAAUAUCGGGGCAUUUACCGAUGCUUACAGCUGCCUGGGCAUCGACACGUCGGCCGAUGCGAUUCGCUGGGCCAGCAAGCGAUUUCCCAGCGUGCGGUUUGUCGAAGGCUUCGCCCCGGCAGACAUCGACGAACCGAUGCGAACGGCCGACCUGGUGAUGCUCAACGAUGUGCUCGAGCACGUCGACGACGACUACGGCAUGCUGCACAGCUUGAUCGAAGCCAUGCGACCGGGGGCCCACUUGUUGUUGACCGUACCGGCCGACCGUCGCUUGUGGAGCGAGCACGACGUGAGCUUCGGACACUUCCGCCGCUACACACAAACCCGCCUGCAGCGCGUGUGGCGGGACCUGGAUGUGGACGUGCGACUAGUCUCCCACUUCAAUACCCGGCUUUAUCUGCCUGUGAGGGCUGUGAGAGCCUGGACCCACUGGCGAGGGCAAGCCAUGGGUGAAGCAGGCACUGAUUUCUCGAUCCCGCCGAAACCUCUCAAUCAGACGCUGCGAUGGCUGUUCGCCGGCGAAUCGAACCGACUAAGCAAUAUCCUCGCCGGACGCUCGACAUCGCCCUAUCGCCGUGGAGUGAGUUUGAUCGCGGUGCUACAACGCCGUGAGCAACCGGUCGAACCUUCGACAGCCUCGCUGGUCCAGCAUCCGGUAGAACUGCUCGAAGCGACCCCUCAGUGCGGCUGA